AUGAAUAGCACGUCAGCCUGUCCCCAUGGCCGGUUCUACUGCACCAACCUGGGUUUCCGCCCGCACUACAUCCCAUCGUCGCGGGUCAACGAUGGCAUCUGUGAUUGCUGCGACGCCUCUGAUGAAUACAACAGCCACACUCGCUGCCAGAACACCUGCUGGAAUCUGGGACAGAAGGAGAGGGCGUACGUGGAGGGCCAGAUGAGAACCUUGGACGAGGGUUUGCGACUCAAGCAGCAGCUGAUUGAGGAGGGAGUCCUGCUCUGGAGGGAGAAGCAGGCUCAGCUCAGAGAGCUCCAGCAGGCUGCUGAAGAUCUACAGAUCAAGUUAGAGGACCACAGGAAGAGGAAACAUGAGGCUGACCGACUCAAAGAGCAAACAAUAAAGUUCAUAGAAGAAGGGAAUAAAGGUUUGAAGCCUCAGAAUACUUCUGUAACCAGCCUUUUCCAAUUACUGGACAGCGAUAAAGAUGGCAGUAUAUCGGUGGAUGAAGUCAAGGCUAAAGUGGUGCUUGUUCAUGAUGAGAAGCGGGUUCUUUCAGAGGAUGAAGCACUGGUUUUGUUGGGAGGUGGCCGUGACAUGGAUCUGGCCAAGUUUCGAGACACACUCUGGGACAUCCUGACACGAGGCGACAAUGUAAAGCUGCCGAGUGGGAGACUACCAAUUUGAAGAAGGUGGAAGAAGCCUACGAGACAGUCAACAAGGAAAUAAGUGAUCUGCAGAAGAAGCUGGAGAUAGACUAUGGAACAGACUGGGAGUUUUUAUUUUUGAGUGGCCAAUGCUACAAGCUGCAAGUAUACGAGUAUACCUAUACCCUGUGCCCGUUCAAUCAUGUCACACAGAAGAGCACGACAGGAACAGAGGUCUCAUUAGGGAUUUGGGGGAUGUGGGCAGGACCACCGAAGAGCCACUACAGUCAGAUGGUAUAUGAGAAUGGAGAGCCGUGCUGGCAGGGAGGUUCACGCACCACUACAGUCACGCUGACAUGUGGAACGGAGACAGGCCUGCGAUCGGCGAAGGAGCCCAGCAAAUGCCAGUACAUCAUGGACUUUGAGACUCCUGUGGCCUGUCAGACGGUGCUGAAGCAGAGGGGCGUGCACAGUGAACUGUGAACCCCCCAACCUCCUUAGCCUAGAAUAACUUGGACCCCUGCCUCCCACCCCUGUUGGCUCACCCACAGUGACAGACGGGGGGUCCGCGUUGUCAGAACGUAUAUUCUCCUCAGCUAGUUUGACUGAGGUCAGAAUGGGUUUUUCAGUGAAACCACUUUAGUUUUAGUGGAUCGUUCCUUCUGUUACAAACUGUUUUUAUCAGAGCACAAA